AUGGGCUUUGCUGAUAAUUUUAUGGGAUUUAUAGGCUUUGGAAUUGGAAUUCCAUUUGGUAUUUUUCUGGGAUUUUUCAUCUUCAUACACUUUAGACCCACAGAUGUUGUUCCGAAGGAAAUUGUUAGUAAGCCGUUUAAAGAACUUGACUCGAGCUCCAUAAUCGAUCUUAUUCAAGACCUUCCACUAUGGGUGAUGAGUCCCGAUUACGAGAGAGUCGAUUGGUUGAACAAAUGUAUUGAAAGCACGUGGCCUUACUUUGAUAAGGCUGCAUGUGGGAUGAUUAGAAUCUCAGCAGAAUCUGCUUUUGCUGAGUACAUAGGCAAAUUUCAGAUUGAAACUAUUUAUUUCGAGCACCUUACUCUCGGAAAUUUUCCCCCUAAAGUUCACGGUCUCAAAGCUCAAGAAUCGAAAGAAAAUGAACUAGUUAUCGAUCUUGCAUUGAGGUGGGCUGGAAAUGCAGAUAUUGUUCUUGUGUUCAGACUGUUCUCACUACAAUUUUCUAUUCAGAUAGUAGAUAUUCAAAUAUCGGCAUCAACAAGGAUAUCGUUGAGACCCUUCGUGCCCACAUUCCCCUGUUUUUCGAGCAUUGCAAUAUCAUUGAUGGACAAGCCAAAGAUAGACUUUGGAUUCAAAGUAUGUGGUGCAGAUGUUAUGUCCAUUCCCGGCCUAUACCAUCUUGUUCAGGUAGACUUUCGAACUUCAGGAGCUACAAAGAAGCCUGUGGGUAUACUUCAUGUGAAGGUUGUGAGAGCAAAAAAGCUUUUAAACAUGGAUUUUUUGACGACAUCCGAUCCGUACGUUAAGCUCAGUUUAACCGGUGAAAGAUUACCGUCGAAAAAAACAACGGUCAAGAUGAAUAAUUUGAAUCCCGAGUGGAACGAGGAUUUCAAGCUGAUCGUGAAGGAGCCCGAGACUCAAUUUCUGCAGCUUCAACUAUACGAUUGGGAAAAGGUUGGGGCUCAUGAUUAUUUAGGCAUGCAAAUUGUUCCACUUAAUGUACUAAGACCAUACGAGAAGAAAGAGUUCACGCUCGAUCUGAAAAACAGCACGGAUCCUAACGAUCGUCGAAACUUCAAGCCGAGGGGACAAAUCACAAUACAAACAACCUUUGUCCCUUUUCAAGAAGACAACAAAAAGUUUAGCGGCUCGUUCGAUGAUAAUAAGAAUAAUAAUGGCACUAAUAAUGCAGAGGAUGGAAAUUCCCAAAAUAGCCUCCAAAACGGGUCUUUGAGUGGGUCGGGUUUGCUCCUCCUCACUGUGUUGAAGGCAAGGGACGUCGAGGGGAAAAGCCAUAACAACCCUUAUGCUACCGUUAUCUUUAGAGGGGACAAGAGAAAAACUAAGAUUAUCAAGAAAACUCGACAACCCCAUUGGAAUGAGGAAUUCCAGUUUGUGCUCGACGAGGCUCCUGUGAAGGACAUAAUUCACGUUGAGGUCACGAGCUGCAGAAGACGGAUGGGUUUCAUGUUUAAGGAGUCGUUGGGGUUCAUAGAUAUUAACCUGGCCGACGUCGUCUACAACGGGCACAUCAAUGAGAAGUAUCAUCUUAUCAAUUCAAGAAAUGGGAUUAUACACUUGGAUAUUAGAUGGAAAGCCAUUUGA